GUGAGUCAGGAGUAAGCUGGGAAGAUGUGCAAGCUGGUUUGUGCCUCUUGUUUCAAUGAGCCUGUUUCCUUUGGAGCUGUUGACCAAGUCCCGGUGAAGUACACCCGGAAAAAGAAGUGUCAUGGGAAGGCCAUAAAAAUAUCUACCUCGUAUCCCUAUCUCCUGAUUAGUUGAAAAUAACCUCCACAAGAUGGCUUAAUUAAUUGGCAAACAUGCUUCAACCUCCGAUGAAUGUGGACUGGGCUUGCAUCUAAACCCUGCUGCUUAAACAGAGCCACUAACAAGCUGCAUCUCGUCAUCCCAGGUGUGGGCUCUUCCAGGCUGGAAGGAGGCAAAGGCUCCAGUGAGCAUGACUACAGUCAUUCUCAUCCUGGCUGCGGUGAUUGCCCUGAUCAUCGGGUUUGGCGUCUCAGGAAAACGCUCCAUCAGCGUGACGGCACUGACGUCUCCAGGGAACAUUGGCCAGCGCGGCGUCCUGGGCUGCACUUUUGAGCCUGACAUACGGAUGGGCAGCAUAGUGAUCCGGUGGGCCAAGGCGGGAGUAGCCGGGCUGGUUCACGAGUUUAAAGGUGGGAAGGACCACCUGCAAGAGCAGGAUGCGUUGUUUCAGGGCCGCACGGCCGUGUUUGCAGACCAGGUGAUCGGCGGCAACGCUUCCCUGGAGCUGAGGGACGUGCAGCUCUCCGAUGCCGGCACCUACCAGUGCUCCGUCACCACGGCCAGAGGGAGCGGAGUGGCAGUGCUGCGGUACAGGACAGGAGCCUUCAGCACCCCCAAAGUCCACGUGGAGAACAGCAGCAGCGGGGACACGCUGCAGUGCGAAGCACCACGCUGGUUCCCUCGACCCGCUGUGCGCUGGACAGCCUACAGCGAUGCCGGGGAAUACCUACCCCACGUUGCCAACACCAGCUACGAGCUGAAUGCUGAAAACAUCACUCUGAAAGUGGUUUCCUUUCUGCACAACAUUACUGCUAACACCACCUACACCUGCGUGAUUGAAAACAACAUUGCCAAGGCUACAGGCAACAUCAAAGUGACAGAUUUCAGCGUUACAAGGGGAAUGAACUUGCAGCUGGUGAACCUGAGUGCAGAGUCACUGUCCUCUGCCCUUCCAGCCUCUCAGUGGAUGCUCCUGCUUCCCCUGUACCUGCUGUCAAUAUAAAGCCUCUGUAAAACAAUCAAUCUGAAAUGCUGCUGGACC